AUGGCCAUGCAAGCACAGAAGAUGGGGUGUGCUUGGCUUUGCCUGCUGCUCUCCCUCCUCCUCCAGCUGCCGAGCUCCCAGGCCAAAUGCUAUUUCCAAGCUAAAGCUCCCUGUGAGUACGAGGGGAAGCAGUUCUCCCUCGGGGAGUCGUGGCUGAGCACCAACUGCCUGCUCUGUACCUGCCUGCACCCCAUUGGCGUGGGCUGCUGCGAGACCACUCAGCACCCCAUCGACUUCCCCGACUGGUGUGAAGCCCACUACGACUCGCAGACGUGCCAGAUCUCAGUGGUGCAGAAGGCCAACCCCACCCCGCCCUGUCGCAUCACCCUCCACACCUCCCGCAUGCUCCAGACCUGCCCCAUCCCGUCACUGCUGCCACCUUCGAGGGAAACCACUAUCCACACCAGAUGGUACUGA